AUGAUCCUCGAUCUCGAUGCUUUUUGUUACAAUGCCCUACUCAGACCCAUGAUUGAAUGUCUCAGGUUCUCAUCACUGGUGAAUGGAUUAACAAUGGUUGAAGAAGUUCCACUGAUUCAUCUUUAUAAAGCCUUCUCUGCUACUCUCUAUAACAAAUUAGACGACGGUAUUUACUUUGAGGUUUCCAACCAUAAAACAUCAAUUUCAAUGCCCCAUUUCUACAAGCUUCUAGGGCUUAUUACACCAGAGAUCAGUGUCAACCCUGAAUUAAUUCCUGCAAUCUCUAUCACUGGGAUGUUCUUCCAGAUGGGGUACACUGGUGACAUCUCCUUGCACUCGAAGUUCAAAAAGUCUUUUUUUAUCGCCACUGUAGAAUGGGUUAUUUACCCUUUUGUUCAAGAGUUUAUUGGAAAGGGUUUCAAGCUCUCACAGUGCCAGUAA